AUGAUUUCAGAAACUUUCGAAUCCGUCUCUCGAGAUGAGAUUUCUCAGCUGCGAUAUAUCGAUUGGCACGAUAAAUUCAACCACGAAAAGCCUUACGUAGCAUACAACGAUGGGCAGGAGAAAGCGCCAACAACUAAUUUCACCUAUGAGGAUCAACACGAAGAAAUCAUUCGCGACAUACGGGGUUCAAAUACUGGUUUUAAUCUUGAUGAUCAUGGUUUUGCCGCGCGCGAGCACCGUCUAUUGAAUAGUGCCUUCGACAAACAGACAGUCGAAGAAAACUACCUGUCAUCAGUCAAAGAGCUCCUAAGGGAAGAAUUUGGCCCAGAAGCAACAUGCUAUAUAUUCGAUUGGAGGCUUCGAUCAAGUAGCGAGCGAAAACAGCUAAGCGAUCUCGAUGCAAGGGAUGAAGCUGGGGAUAGCUCCCAAUUCCACGCACCCGUGAACGGAGUCCAUGUCGAUACUAGCGAAGCGAUGGCAAGAAUGCACGCUGCCAUGUUUGCCCAAGGGCAACAAAAAGAUCUUUCUGCCAGCCGCCUGCGUGUGGUGAAUGUCUGGAGGCCGUUGUUGAACACGGUUGAAGAAUAUCCUCUUGCCCUUUGCGAUGGCAGCACAGUCCACCCAGAUGAUCUAGUUGCCUCCGACCUGAUCGUCGACAGCUAUCGAGGGGAGAAUCUCCAACCCCUAUACAGAAAUUAUUAUAAAUGGCACUUUCUCAGUAAUCAAACAAAAGACGAAGUUCUUCUGAUCAAAAUGUACGACUCCUCAUCGAGUGUCAAGGCAAAGUGUUGCCCGCAUACAUCGCUUAAGCUGAAAAAUGCACCGACACCAGCAAUGCCACGUGAAAGUAUCGAGGUGAGGAUAAUCGUUUUCACCGAUACAUAG